GACUGAGGUGAGCUGCUGCUCCAGGAUCUCUAAAUAAAUACACAAAUGCUGACCCGAAGAGGACAAAUUAAAUUACACAAGGCUUUCAGACGCACGACGAAGUGCCUGAUUGUGCAGAAAAUGAUGACUGUCUUGUGGAAGCUGGGGCUUUGCUCCGCCUGCUUGAAGAAACAUUCUUGUGGCUGGACCAGUUUGCUUGGUCAGUACAGAAAGCGGGUGCUGGUCCAUGGCAGAAACCUCUCCAGUCAUGCAGGAACAUGGGAAAGGGAAUAUAGAACAGAGACGCGAAAACGUGUCGAGAAACAUUGGCACUCACGACUAAAGGAGCAAUUCCCAGCGAUUUCUGAAAUGGGUAAAUCAAAGCCAAAAUGUUAUGUUCUUUCCAUGUUCCCGUACCCUUCUGGGAAGCUUCAUAUGGGGCAUGUGCGAGUGUACACUAUCAGCGACACAAUGGCUCAUUUCCAGAGAAUGCGUGGAUUUCAGGUCUUGCACCCAAUGGGAUGGGAUGCAUUUGGCUUGCCUGCAGAAAAUGCUGCAAUUGAGCGAGGCCUGGAUCCUGAAGAGUGGACAAGAAGUAAUAUCGCAAACAUGAAAGAGCAGCUUCAGAACCUUGGGCUAUGUUUUGACUGGCAGAAGGAGGUGACCACCUGUCAUCCUGAUUAUUACAAAUGGACCCAAUCCCUGUUUCUCAAACUGCAUAAAGCUGGCAUGGCUUACCAAAAGGAAGGACUGGUGAACUGGGAUCCAGUGGAUCAGACGGUGUUAGCAGACGAGCAAGUGGAUGAGAAUGGCUGCUCUUGGCGUUCUGGAGCUAAAGUUGAGCAGAGGUACCUCAAGCAGUGGUUUAUUAAGACGACAAAUUAUGCAAAGUCCUUGCUGGAUGCUCUGGAAGACCUUCCUGAUUGGUAUGGUGUCAAGGAAAUGCAAGCAAACUGGAUUGGGUCUUGUACUGGAUGCUACUUUGACUUUGAUUUGAAGGUAAAUGGAAAGCACAUUGGUGAAAAGCUCCCCGCAUAUGCUUCCAGCCCAGAAGCAGUCUUUGGUGCAUCCCAUCUGUCUAUCCUACCUAGCCACAGACUUCUACAAACUGAUAGUUACGUGAGAGACAUUCUUCAACAGUAUUUUGUACCUAACAAAGAUUGCCAGACACCAAUGACUGGGGUCAACCUUUUAAAUGGUCAGGAGAUUCCUGUUGUAAUUUCAGCCAAGACAGAGUUUGAAGGCUGUUUGGAUACUGUCAUAGGUAUUCCUAGCCUUAGUCAGGAAGAUGCAGCAGUUGCAAAAAAGCUGGGUUUAGAAUGGCGAGAGGUAUUUGAAACCCAGCCCGAUGGCACCGAGCAUUUGCAAAAUUGUGAUGAGUUCACAGGACUUGAUAGACAAUCUGCAACUCAGGCCAUCUUGCAACGUGCGAGGGACCUUGGAAUCGGUGGCUACCUUACAAGCCCGAAGAUGCGUGACUGGUUGAUAUCCCGGCAGCGUUACUGGGGCACCCCUAUUCCCAUCGUCCAUUGCCAAUCCUGUGGUCCCAUUCCUGUCCCUCAUGAGGAUCUACCUGUGCUUUUACCCAAGAUUAAGUCGUUUACGGCUAAAGGGCUCUCCCCGCUAACUACAGCCACUGAGUGGCUCAAUUGUGCCUGUCCUCGAUGUAAAGGCCCUGCCCAGAGAGAGACUGACACCAUGGAUACGUUUGUAGAUUCAGCUUGGUACUACUACAGAUACAUUGACUCUCAUAAUAAUGAAAGGCCCUUUGACAAAGCAGCAGCGGAUUUCUGGAUGCCUGUAGAUCUGUAUAUCGGAGGCAAAGAGCACGCUGUCAUGCAUCUGUACUACGCAAGAUUUAUUAGUCAUUUCUGCAAUGACCAAAACAUGGUCAAAUACAGGGAACCUUUUCACAAACUCCUCGUGCAAGGACUUAUCAAGGGGAAAACUUUUCGUUUACCAUCAAGUGGCCAAUAUCUAAAGAAAGAGGAAAUAAAUUUUGAUGGUCCUGACCCUCUCCACGCUGGCACUUCCGAAAAACUGGAAAUCACUUGGGAAAAAAUGAGCAAAUCCAAACACAAUGGCAUCGACCCAGCAGAGAUGAUCCAGAAGUACGGGAUUGACACAGUGCGCCUGUACAUCCUGUAUGCAGCCCCUCCUCAGCAGGAUAUUCUGUGGGACAUUAAAACGGAUGCCAUUCCUGGAGUGCUGAGGUGGCAGGUCCGCCUGUGGGCCCUGGUUACAAAGCUGGUUGACAUGCGGAAUUCGGGAGUGACACCUAGCCCUGACCUGCUGAACAAAAAGGAGAAAGGUGAAGCCAAGAAAAUAUGGCAGAUCAAAAACAGCACAGUAUCACAGGUAACCGCUUACAUGACAGAGGAUUUCCUGCUGAAUGCUGCAAUCGCCCGGCUAAUGGGCCUCACAAACUCUUUAUCACAAGUAUCUCCACAAGUGAUACUGCACAGCGCAGAGUAUGAGGAUGGACUGGCUGCCUUGUGUGUUAUGACUGCUCCCAUGGUUCCAUAUCUAGCGUCAGAGUUGUGGAGAGGUCUUUCCAGUGUCCAGAACAAGUUGACCGUUCAAUAUCAGUGGGACACUGAUGUGCUGUUCCAGCAGUGGCCAAAAGUGGACCCAGCUUAUCUGCAGCAGCCAGACACAGUGACGAUGGUUGUCAGGAUCAACAACCAGGUCUGUGGCUCAGUAAACCUGCCUCAACAAGUCAUCAGGAAUGUGGAGAGAGUGCAGGAGCUCAUCCUUCAAAGUGAACUGGGCAUCAAACAGCUACAGGGGCGGGUCAUCAAGAAAGCUAUCCUGUCUCCCAGAACCGCCCUCAUCAAUUUCCUGUUGGAAGAAUAAAGUGGGAUAAUGGAGCUGUUUAUGUUGUCGAAACAUUUUGCUGUCUGUGGCUUGCACUCACAGUGAUGUGAAGCCCAUUCACACCACAAGUUCAUUAUUUUAAGGAAUGAAUGUAGCACAGAAGCUGUGUGCUGGAGUUCCUGUUGAAGAUGGACAUUGGGCCUCAUAGUGGCUCCUUAGAACUCUUAUCUCCUGCUUCUGUUUGGUGAGGGUUGAGAGUGACAAAGCAGAGAAGCGUUCGGUUGGAAUGCUUCUGACAACAGUACUAAUCGCUUGAGCCUUCCGGAAAGGCUUGAGUGAUUAGAGAAUGGCUUGCAGCAAUGAAAGGGGGACUGAGUAAUUGAAUCAUGUAGUCAAAAGUGUUUUGGCUGGUCUUCUCCUCUUUCUGCAAAAGAAAACUCCGAAAACUGUUGGUCUGCAGCUAUUUUUACAUUACAGUCACCUUCAGUUAUUUUGAAAAAUGAAUAAAUCUCAUCUAAAUGUAAUAAAAUACCAGGCGUUUAUUUUGCUAGUCAAGCAACAGAACAUUAAUUGAUUGAACUGUAAAAUGUGACAGCUAAAGAUGCAAUUAAAUGCCAGAAUUGUUUAUUUCAUAAGGAAAGCAAA